AUGGGAGCUACACCUUUCCCAGAAAGGAUCUUAAGGGCAAGACUCCCUAAAGGUUUCGAUAAACCCACUGACAUGAAGUACGACGGAACCAAGGAUCCCCAAGAACAUCUAACGGCCUUCGAGGCCAGGAUGAACCUAGAAGGAGCGGCCAACGCAGUCCAAUGCUGGGCCUUCCCGGUAACCCUAGCCGGACCGGCUAUCAAAUGGUUCAACGCCCUCCCAAACGGAUCCAUAGCCGGUUUCCACGACAUAACACAAAAAUUCAUGGCCCAGUUCACGACUAGAAUCACUAAAGCUAAACACCCCAUCAGCCUAUUAGGGGUCACGCAAAAACAAGAAGAAUCCACAAGGAAGUACCUCGACCGCUUCAACGAUGAAUGCCUAACAGUCGACGGACUCACGGAUUCCGUCGCAAGCCUCUGCCUAACCAACGGGCUCAUGAACGAAGAUUUUCGCAAACACCUUACCACCAAACCAGUAUGGACCAUGCACGAGAUCCAAAACGUCGCCAAAGAUUACAUCAAUGACGAGGAAUUCAGCCAGGUCAUCGCCACCAACAAACGACAACACAGCAACACACAACAGGGCAACUCGGCGCCCCGACAUAACCCACCACCCAGGGAAAAUCAAAGGGACCACCCCAAAUUGACAAAUACAAGCCGACCGCCAAGAAUCUGCAAAUUCUCUAAUUACACGCCCCUAACAGCUCCAAUUACCGAGAUAUACCACCAAAUAACGGACAGAGGUAUCAUCCCAAAAGCCCGACAACUAAAAGAAAGAACGGGCGGCAACAAAACCUUUUUUUGCGACUACUACCGAGGAUACGGGCACAGAACACAAGACUGUUUUGACCUUAAGGACGCCCUCGAACAAGCCAUAAGGGACGGCAAACUCCCAGAGUUCGCCAAAAUCAUCAGAGAACCAAAGCGCGUGGAAAGAGAUAGGUCACCAGAAAAAGAAGGGCGCAACCCGAGGACGCAAAAACAAACCCUCAGAGAAAGCCCAGAAGAUGACCCAACCAUAAUAGUAAACGUUAUCACGGGCAAGGACGUAUCAGGUAAAUCGAAAACAACACUUAAAAAGGACCUCAAAAUCCUGGCCGUCAAGGAUAAAGCCCCAACCACCACCAUCGGUAAAACGAUAACUUUCCUACCCGAGGACUGCCAGCACGGCACCUCGGCUGAAGAUGCCCCCUUCGUCAUCUCGGCAAGAAUCGGAAGGGGACUCGUCCGGAGAAUACUGAUGGACACCGGCGCAGACUCCAACAUCCUUUUCUGA